GGAACAAGGACGCUUACCAAUGAUGAUAUCUCCUGCUCCAGAGAAGGACUGCUCGAGACUGCAUAUGUUCUCCGGAUAUAGGGCUUUCUUAAAUCAUCGUUCGCUUAAGAGCUGGGUUGUUCACAAUGCGCGAGCCUGGCCGAAGGGAGGCGACCUGUGCUCGGGUGGGAAUGAUGCACGAGGCAGCUGGCGAAAUAAAGCGCCAGUGUAGGCAUUCGUUGCCAAAAUGAGCUUGGAAGCCCUGAUGUUGCCCCUGUCCGUGUGCACAAUCCAUUCUUUCUUCGAAUCACAAGUCGGGUAUUGCGAAACUUCAACAACAGGCGUGUUCGUCUGUAGAUUCAAGCCCUUCUUGAUGCAAAUCUCAAGUAACGCACAAAAAAAACUUGUAAGGGGAAAGAGCUUAGGCCGAAAAGGAAAUAGCUCCCACGCCUUCGGGGAUAAGCAGUUCUUCUCGCGUCCACGUUGCACUCCAUACCCGAUGCUUGGUCAAAAUUCCUGUCUCGACAUUCCCUUCGAGGAUUUCCUUCCUUGCUGCCUGUUCCUCCAGGGCUGCCUCCCAUUUCACGGAUUCAGCGAGAACAUCGAGCGUCUCCACAUCUCUCAAAUCGACUCGAUGCCCAGCUCUUUGAUUAAUCCCCCCAAAUUCGCCACGUUCUCCUCCUCUAGAACCUCAAGCUUCAAUGCAUCUUCUUUCCCGAAAGCUUCAAGGUAGUUCUUGAAGUCCAAGUACCGCCCAACGCGGCAAUGGCCACCGUUGCGACCUGUAGCUCCGCUGGAUACUUGGCGUGCUUCUAGGAAUGUCGAUGGAAGCAUUGGGUGGUUCUUGCAGCAGUUUGCAUGCUAUGGCAGUACUU